AUGGGGGAAAAUUUAAUCAAUGGCCAGAGAACAAGGAGUCACCUUUGGCUUGUAGACUUAGCUGGUAGUGAGCGAGUGGGAAAAACUGAAGCUGAAGGAGAAAGACUGAAGGAAUCUCAAUUCAUAAAUAAGUCACUUUCUGCGCUCGGUGAUGUCAUUUCUGCCCUUGCUUCUAAAUCGGGCCAUAUUCCUUACCGGCAAGUAAGUCCAAGCGCAACAGACUUGGGAGAGACACUUUGCUCACUGAAUUUCGCUACCCGUGUCCGUGGAAUUGAGGGUGGCCCAGCUCGCAAGCAAGUAGACCACACUGAACUGUUUAAGUACAAGCAAAUGGUAGAAAAGCUCAAACAAGACGAGAAGGAAACAAAGAAAUUAAAGGAUAACUUGCAAAUUGUGCAACUCAGGCUUGCUUUAAGAGAACACCAUUGUAGAACCCUUCAGGAAAAGGUUCGGGACCUGGAGAAUCAGAUAGCAGAAGACAGAAAACACAGGCUAAAGCAAGAAAGUAGAGCACUUGCUACUGUUUCGGCUCAACCUUCAUCAUUAUCACAACACACAACUGCCCAGAAAACAAUGACAAACAAGAAGCCACCACUGAAUCCUUCCAAACUCAGACAACCACUGAGAAAAAUAACUAACUCCUUGCCUCCACGGUCUCCUCUAAGAUCAAAGAGUUACACCACAUUCAUGAAUGGAAAGGAAAACUCUGCGAGAAGGGCUUCAAUGGCGACCAGUACCGUGAGGCCAGCUGCGCCAUCAACCACACAGCAGUUCUUUCAGGCAAGGAGGUGGGUGUCCAUUGCCACGAGACCACCAUCUGCACCAUCAACAACGCAUGUCAUUCUGCCAAGGAGGAGGGUCUACAUUGCCACACUAUCUCUUCAGUCAACUUCUGGCAUCACAACUUCAUUCCGUACCUCAGAAUUCCGAGUUACCAGUGGAAGCAGUAACAAUCACGGAUAA